GGUUUUUCUGUAUGUGGUUGUGCUGCUGAAAGCACGUCUCGGGGCAUCAGCACAAAACUCCACAAUUCACAUUUUCAGUUUUUAGUAUGAUUUCGUGGGGCCACGCGAAUUGGUUUGAUUAUCUUCAACGGGGCUCUCUUCUCAAAGACAGAGACACACACUGUCCAGAAGAGUGAGAUUUGGAAAGGAAUUUCUUUUUCGUGAAUCUUACGGGACUUUUUGUUGUAAUUUGGCUGACAAGACACUGCUGCAAAGUGCGUCAAGAUAUUCUUUUUGUGGUGUUUUAAGCAAUAAACUUGUGCAUAUUUUGCUGGAUUUGUUAUUUUUUCGCAUAGAAUCAGUCAUAAAGUACACAAUCAACACUAAACGUAGUGAAGAUAAAAAAAAAUCGCUCUGUUUUCUAACGUGGCCUGGAGUUGAUAUCAAGAGACAUUAAGAAAAAAAAUUAUAGGAAAAAUGAUGAAUAAGCGUCGACGUAAUGUUAAUUACAACAACAACGAUUUGCUUUCAAAUAACAACUACACAAUACAGAAAUUCUGUUUACAACACAAAAAUUGUUCGGGAACAUCGGAACAGUGCCUUCAGGUUGCCACAAAUGUUACUGAGCAGAAGCAUCAUGUAACACGGGAGAUCCGUGGUCAAAAUCUAGGCAUUUGUCGUGGCUUCAGGGGUUGUACAUUAUGGCUAACGGGUCUAUCGGGGGCUGGAAAGACGUCCAUUGCAUUUGAACUUGAAGCAUAUCUCGUCUCCAGAGGUAUUCCAGCAUAUGGACUCGAUGGGGAUAAUGUGAGAACGGGACUCAAUAAGGAUCUGGGGUUCACACAGGCAGAUCGAGAGGAGAACAUCCGGCGUGUGGCGGAAGUGGCAAAGCUUUUUGCUGACAGUGGAGUAGUUGCAAUUUGCAGUUUCGUCUCACCAUUUGCUGAUGAUCGUGAAAUGGCACGCAAGAUCCACAAAGACUCAGAUUUAAAAUUCUUCGAAGUGUUCAUCGACACUCCACUGGCUGUUUGCGAAUCACGAGACGUCAAGGGGUUGUACAAGAAGGCCAGAGAAGGUGCAAUUCAGGGGUUCACAGGAGUGACACAGGCCUAUGAACCACCAGAGACACCAGACCUCGUGGUGAAGACUGAAGGUCUCAGUAUUAGGCAGUCUACGCAAAGGGUGAUUGAGUUGUUGGAGCGCGAGCAGAUAAUUCCGCGAACACUGCGAGAAACUGAUCGUAUUCCGGAAUUAUUUGUCUUGGGGACCAAGAAAGCAGCAUCACGGGCUGAGGCAAAUAAUUUGCCAGCUCUAGCCAUUACCACGGUAGAGUUACAGUGGUUGCAAGUUCUAUCAGAGGGUUGGGCUAAUCCUCUGAGAGGAUUUAUGCGUGAGAAGGAGUACCUGCAAACGCUACAUUUCAAUUGUGUCCUCAAUGCCGAGGAGACAGGAAGGGACAAUCAAUCUGUGCCGAUUGUACUGUCGGUGAAUGAGCUGGAUAGGGAGCGUUUGGACUCGGUGAGUGCCAUAACGUUGUGCUAUGACAGCAAACCUGUGGCCAUACUGCGUCGUCCGGAGUUCUACUACCAAAGAAAGGAGGAACGGUGUAGCCGGCAAUUUGGCACACAUAACCUCAAUCAUCCAUACGUGAGGAUAAUCAAGGAGUCUGGACCUUAUUUGGUGGGUGGAGAAGUGGAGGUAUUGGAGAGAAUUCGCUGGAAUGAUGGAUUGGACCAAUAUCGAUUGACACCCAAUGAACUGAGACAGAAGUUCCAGGAGAUGAAGGCCGAUGCAGUAUUUGCCUUUCAACUACGUAAUCCCAUUCACAAUGGGCAUGCCCUGCUGAUGCAGGACUGUCGACGUCAAUUGCUGGAGCGUGGCUUCAAGAAUCCCGUCUUGCUGCUGCAUCCGUUGGGCGGUUGGACGAAGGAUGAUGAUGUUCCUUUGCCUGUGCGAAUGGCACAGCAUCAGGCUGUACUGGAUGCUGGAGUACUCGAUCGGGAUCAUACUGUCCUGGCCAUUUUCCCAUCGCCCAUGAUGUAUGCAGGGCCCACUGAAGUGCAAUGGCAUGCAAAGGCCCGAAUGAAUGCCGGAGCUAAUUUCUACAUUGUUGGACGAGAUCCAGCUGGAAUGCCACAUCCGGAUGUCAAUAUGUAUCCAGAUAAAAAUCUCUAUGAUGCCACUCAUGGGGCACGGGUACUGAAAAUGGCUCCGGGAUUGGAUCAAAUUGAAAUUUUGCCUUUCAAAGUGGCUGCAUAUGACAAAGUGGUGCAGAAGAUGGCUUUCUUUGAGCCUUCGCGCAAGAAUGAUUUUCUCUUUAUAUCUGGCACAAUGAUGAGAGGAUUUGCGAGAAACAACGAAUUACCACCAACUGGUUUCAUGGAGCCAAAAGCAUGGGGAAUCCUAGCUCAAUACUACCAAUCACUCCAGAAGAAAUGAACAUAAACAUUCUUGUAGGGUGAUAGAGUUCUAAGUUUUAUUUUAUUUUAUUCAUUUUUUUUUUGUCAUUCUAUUAUACAUAAAUGUAUAUUUUUAUUAUUUUAUGACCGCUAAAUACAUUGUUUUUCAAUGGGGAA